AUUUAAAUUGUAUUUAUAUUUUUUUACUUAUAUUUUCCUAUCAAAGACUGAUUUAGUGUUAUAAAAUACCAUAAAAAUGUCAAAUACUUUGGUUAUAAAACAUUUACCUCAUACCUUUAGUGAAGACGAAAAAAUAAAUUUACUAAAACAUUUUGGUGCACAAGAUGUUAAAAUAUUAUCUUCCAAAAGAAGAAAAUAUUCCCUAGCAUUCGCUACUUUUCCCAGUAAUCCAGAAGCAGAAAUAGCCUUAAAAAAACUCCACCAACUGAUAAAAGGAUCUAAAUUAAAUGUAGAGUUUGCAAAAGACAGACUACCAGAACCCCCCAGACCCAAUAAGAAAGAAACAGAUUCAGACAAAAAGUCACAUCUAAAUGACUUCAUUAACUCACUAAACGCUUUUAAUAACUCUGUUAACUUUAUGCAACCACCACCUCCUCACUUAAAAUAUAAAUAUCCUGUACCGAAUAAAGCUACAUUGAGCAAUAUUAUGCACGCUCUGAGUUCAAAUAGUAAAUUUUAUACACAAGUCUGUCAUUUAAUGAAUAGAAUGAACUUACCACCACCGUUUUCUACAGUUCCUGAUUACCUUGUAGAACAAUCAUUUGUGCCACAACCAACACAAAUAAUAAAUCAAAAUGCUGAGAACCCUGUAGAAGAAAAACCAGAAUCAUCCGAGGAAGAAUCAGAGAUUGAAAGCGAUCCUGAAGAUCAUAAGUUUAGACAAGAUUCUGUGAUUGUAGAUAGUAAACCGAAAAAGACACAUGCACCUUUAAAGCGACCAAAUGUUACAAAAAAUAUUGAAUAUACACCAAAGCCUAAACAAGCAAAAAUAGCCACAGAAGAAGUAUUUGAAAAAGUUGAUAUUGCUAAUAAGAAAAUUGAAGUGAAAGUCUCAAGUGAUGCAAUUUCAAAGGUUGCAACAAAUCAGCAAACAUUGGAUGUUGAAAUUGGUACAUUGUCUAAAACGCAAGAAGAAACUGAAGAAAACACACAAAUUGACAAAACAUCUAGCGACUAUAUUUCAUCCAAACAACUAGCUGAAAACCGAUUGUCAGAAUCAAACUACUCAACUCUACCAGCAUUUAAAAAUUACAAUCCCGGGCCCCCAUCUUGCAGACUGUACAUAAAAAAUUUAGCAAAAACAGACUUAGAAGAUUUACAUUUUAUUUAUCGAAGAUAUCUAAUACCAGAUUAUCAGAAUGGUGAAGAAACUUUAUUAAUUUAUGAUGUAAAAUUGAUGCAGGAAGGCAGAAUGAAGGGCCAAGCAUUUAUUACUUUGCAAAAUGAGACACAAGCGGCACUAGCACGGAAAGAAACGAAUGGUUAUAUUUUAAAAGACAAACCUAUGGUUGUAGUUUUUGCUCGGUCUGCUAAAGCAACAUGAAUAAACAAA